AUGACGAGUUCGGAGAAGAUGACGACCAAGGUGGGUUCGCUCACUCUUCAAUACCCGACGUUAUCGAGGGACAACUAUGCUUCGUGGGCGAUCAAGAUGAAAGUCUACAUGAAGGCUCAAGACGUGUGGGAUGCCAUUGAGCCCGCGGCAGGCGCGUCCGUGGAACACAGGAAGGAUCAGAUGGCGUUGGCGGCUAUCUACCAGGGGAUUCCUGAAGAGACUUUGAUGGUGAUCGCAGAGAAGCAAACGGCGAAAGAGGCGUGGGAGACGUUGAAAACAAUGCAUCUAGGAGCGGAUCGUGUGAGGAACGCGAAGGUGCAGACCUUGAAGUCCGAGUUCGAACUUCUCCGGAUGAAGGAGAAUGACAACGUCGACGAUUUUUCGACGAAGUUGACAGGAGUCGUCAACAAGAUCCGGGCUUUAGGCGGCGAGAUGGAGGAGAACUACGUCGUCAGAAAGCUACUUCGGGCGGUACCGGAGAGAUUCCUUACUAUCGUCUCCACGAUUGAACAGUUCGGGGACAUCGACGACAUGACACUCGAGGAGGCGAUCGGGCGCCUCAAAGCCCACGAGGAGAGGGCACGUGUUUUUCGAAACAACGUCGACGAUCACCUAUUGUUGACGCAUGCGGAGUGGCAAGCAAGGAGCAAGAAGAACGGCGGAGGCUUCCUCUCAACACCUACAACCAAUGAUGGCAGCGGUCGAGGACGAGGUCGCGGGGCCGGUCGUGGGCGUGGCCGUGGCCAAAGAGGCCGAGGCGGACAGCAGCACCACGGCAGCGGGCAGCAGCACCACGCUGCCCAAGCAGGCCGCGGAGGGGAGCACGGCGGCCAGGCAGGCCGAGGCGGCUUCGGCGGCAGAGGAGGACGUCCAGGAGGUGGUUUCGGCCAUGGAGGUGCAGCUCGCCAGGAGGGGGAGAGUAGCACAAGCGGUGGUCGAGACAAAUCCAACAUCAAAUGCUUCAAUUGCGGAGUAUACGGGAGCUUGACGAGAACAUCAAGGGAACCGUCAAGUUUGGUGAUGGAUCCGCGGUAG